AUGGAUUUGCACACUAAAACAUUACUUCACUAUAUCCACAGAUGGUUAGACAAGGCUGCAAUUAUCACAGAGGAAGAAGGCAGAGACCCAAUUGCAUCACCAAACUUAUGGAAAUUGGCCACUGUUCAUAGAGUUGAGGAGCUAAAAUCUAUCAUUAGAAUCCUCCCAAUUUCUUCCUCAGGAAUUUUGCUCAUAACUGCUGCAUCACAUCUGCACAGCUUUGUAAUUCAACAAGCUCGCACAAUGGACCGACACCUCUCUCAAUCAUUCCGAAUUUCCCCAGCCAGCAUGUCCGUUUUCAGUGUACUAUCCUUGAUGUCAGGGGUUGUUCUAUAUGAACGCCUCUUCGUUCCAUUUAUCCGCAGAUUCACAAAGAACCCUUCAGGAAUCACGUGCAUACAAAGAAUGGGAAUAGGCUUUGUGAUUAACACUAUAGCCACAUUAGUUUCAGCACCUGUUGAAGUAAAAAGAAAAGCAGUUGCUGCCAAGUACCACUUAUUGGAUAGUCCCAAUGCCACUAUUCCUAUUAGUGUGUUCUGGUUGGUGCCUCAGUAUUGUUUGCAUGGUUUGGCAGAUGCUUUCAUGUCUGUGGGGCUUUUUGAGUUUCUCUAUGAUCAGUCACCUGAAAGCAUGAGAAGCAGUGCCACUGCUUUGUACUGUAUAGUAGUAGCCCUUGGGAGCUAUGCUGGUACACUGGUUGUAUCACUUGUGCAUAAGUAUAGUGGCAAGGAGGGGAAUUGGUUGCCUGAUAGGAACCUCAAUAGGGGUAGAUUGGACUACUAUUACUUGCUUGUUAGUGGGAUUCAGUUAUUGAAUAUCAUUUAUUUUGGAAUUUGUGUUUGGUUUUACACUUACAAGCCCUUGGAAGAGCUCACUGAAGUGAGCAUGGACAAGGAUUUGGAAUUGGAACAGGCCAAUAAUGCAAAGAUCUCAUCUGCCAAUUCCGAAGAUGGUGAAAAUGUAGAAUACAGAACAUUCAGAAAUGAGUAG